AUGGCUAAUAUAAACAAUGCUCUCUGCAUUGAGAACGGACAGAACGCAGACCUUUCUCUCUUACAAAAGGAUAACCUUCAGAACCUGCAGAACCUGCAGAACUUGCAGAACCUCCAGGAUGGUGGAUUAAGCCAGCUUUUGGAUUAUAACGCCGAGAUGGAACGGUACCGCUCUUUCGCAAACUUUUACAAAACCAACGGCGCGUUCGGCCAGACGGCCAAGAUCGCCCGCAUCACGACACCCAUUUUCCCCAGUGCCCGGAUAGGCAUGUCCCCGUGGAACUGCGAUAACGCCAUGCUCUGGGGGAGGAAAUCGGCGACAAUAAACCCUAAUAGGACCAGCAUGCACAGGAAUGACUCCCAGAGGCCGGGGAAGCAUGGCGUGCCGCCAGAAACGCUACAGCAAAUGGCAAAUAAUAAUUUCCUCUCUACCUUAUCCCCCGAACACUGCAGACCUUUAGCGGGAGAAUGCAUGAACAAGCUGAAAUGCGGCGCCAGCGAAGCAGAGAUAAUGAAUCUCCAGGAACGUGUCGGAACUUUUUCCGCCAUUCCGGCUUUAGGGGGCAUCUCAUUACCUCCCGGGGUCAUCGUCAUGACAGCCCUUCACUCCCCCGCAGCCUCGGCAGCCGUUACAGACAGUGCGUUUCAAAUUGCCAAUCUGGCAGACUGCCCACAGAAUAAUUCCUCGGCGUCCGGCGGGAACCCGGCGAAGAAGAAAAGGAAGCGGUGCGGGGUGUGUGCGCCCUGCCGGCGGCUAAUCAACUGCGGCGUGUGCAGCAGUUGUCGGAACCGUAAGACGGGCCACCAGAUCUGCAAGUUCAGGAAAUGUGAGGAGCUGAAAAAGAAACCCGGCUCGUCGCUGGAGGUGAGAAAAUAG